CAGUCCUCGGCGAACCCGCAUCGCGAGCGGGUGUGACCGCGUUCCUUGCGUUAAACAUAAAACAUAAAUGUCAAUUUAAACGAACCCGUUAUAAAAAAGUGACAUGUGGCCCAAUGUGUCGUAAACAAACAAAAUAGCAUCACGUUUUGUAUAUCGGUAGUGGCUGUAUCGUAUUUAGAGGGUCAUUAUACUCGGAAUCGUGUGGCAAAAUUCUCAGUUAGGUUUCUUGUUCGCGAACGUGGUUUUACUGAAUGUUAUCCCAGGUGAUAAGAGACUCCUACCGUCAAUGGGCUUUGCUGGGAUUAUAUGGAAAGUGAUGUGUUAUUAAAUAUGUUCAACUUAUUUUGAGUAAAAAUGGACCGCGUUAGUGGGGUAUGUCGGUUCGGUGGAGUAGUUUCGGCGGUAAAAACAAGGACUGGUCGUAGUAAGCGAAGAUCGACUGUAUCACCACCAGUUGUAGAAGAAUUACCAGAACCUCCGAGACGUGGCCUCGGUGCUAUCCUUGUGUUAGCUUGCAUAUUAGUCUACCACAAUUCUUUGUACUGCGGUUUUGUAUUCGAUGAUAUAAGUGCCAUUAAAGAAAACAGAGACUUGAGACCUCAGACGCCAAUCUCAAAUAUAUUCCUUAACGACUUUUGGGGAACUCCUAUUCAUAAGGAACAAUCUCACAAGUCGUACCGUCCCCUGACGGUGUUGACAUUCAGAUGGAACUACGCUAUCCAUGGUCUGCAGCCAGCUGGCUACCAUCUCGUCAACCUGCUUUUGCACGCACUCGUCUCUCUACUAUACUACAGAGUGUGCGCAAUGUUUCUCCCAGAAUUCGCAAGUUUCGUGGCGGCCAUCUUGUUCGCUGUGCACCCAAUACACACUGAAGCUGUGACAGGUGUAGUCGGUAGAGCUGAGAUGCUGUCAUCUGUCUUCUUUCUUGGAGCACUGUUGUGUUACGCGAGAGCAGCUAGUAGGAGACGUUGCACCGACUGGCGGUAUGUGGCUGCGUGUACCGCGUGCGUAGGAGUCGCAAUGCUGUGCAAAGAGCAGGGCAUCACGGUUACAGCUGUUUGUGUUGUUUACGAGCUCUUUGUAGCACAGAAGCGCCGAUCCACUACUGGCCAAAAUUGGCUGGAGAUCUGGGGCAAAGGUGGCUGGGGCUGCGCAUGUGGCGAAGCUGCUAGAAGAAUCACAACUGUAUGCUUUGCAACGCUCGCCCUGCUAGCAGCCAGACUUCACGUGAUGGGCGCUCAACUACCUGUGUUUACCAGAUUUGACAACCCUGCUGGUGCCGCUCUUCCACCAGCUAGGCACCUGACAUUUGCAUAUCUACCAGCGUUAAAUGCAUGGCUACUAACCUUACCUGAGGCACUCUGCUGCGAUUGGACAAUGGGUACAGUGACUCUCCUCAAGUCGUGGCGGGAUCCGAGAAACAUAGCCACGCUUGUUUUGGGCACGUCAUUAGUUGCGGGAGGGAUACACGCUUUACGAACGCGCUCGUCGGCUCUAUCUAUGGGUCUAGCAUUACUGGUCCUUCCGUUCCUGCCUGCCUCAAACCUGUUCUUCCCAGUAGGAUUUGUGGUGGCGGAGCGAGUACUUUAUAUGCCUUCCAUGGGCUGGUGCCUUAUCAUCGCGCACGGAUGGAGACUUCUCGCCAAGAAGAGAGCUAUGCUGGCUGCCUCUACGCUUAUAUUCCUUUUACUCGCCUUCAGUGCCAAAACAUACGUACGGAAUUGGGAUUGGAAGACUGAAUACACCAUCUUUGCAUCUGGACUUAAGGUUAACCGUAACAACGCGAAACUUUACAACAAUGUAGGCCACGCCUUAGAGGCCGAAGGGAGAUACGGGGAGGCGUUAGGGUUCUUCAAAACAGCCGUCAACGUCCAGCCAGACGACGUCGGAGCUCACAUCAACGUCGGCAGAACAUACAACCACCUCGGGAGGUACCAGGAAGCCGAAGACGCUUACGUACAGGCGAAAUCUCUCCUACCAAAAGCGAAACCAGGGGAGUCGUACCAAGCGAGAAUCGCUCCGAAUCAUCUAAAUGUCUUUCUGAAUCUGGCGAAUUUGAUAUCAAAGAACGCCACUCGACUGGAGGAAGCGGACAUGCUGUACAGGCAAGCGAUUAGCAUGAGAGCCGACUACACCCAAGCGUACAUCAAUAGAGGGGACAUUCUCAUUAAACUCAACAGGACUAAGGAAGCGCAGGAAGUGUACGAAAGGGCUCUGUUGUAUGAUAGCGGGAAUCCGGAUAUUUAUUAUAAUUUAGGCGUAGUUCUCCUUGAACAAGGCAAAGCUUCCCAAGCCUUGGCCUACCUCGACAAGGCCUUGGAACUGGAACCGGAACAUGAACAAGCGUUAUUGAAUUCCGCCAUCUUGCUUCAAGAACUUGGGGCUGCCGAUUUGAGACAUCUCGCGAGAUCACGUUUGCUGAAGUUACUUGACAAAGAUUCAACGAACGAACGCGUGCACUUCAACCUAGGUAUGGUGUGUAUGGAUGAGGGUGACGCAGAAUGCGCCGAACGCUGGUUCCGCGCAGCUGUUCACCUAAAACCCGACUUCCGAUCCGCACUCUUUAACCUCGCCUUGUUGCUCGCCGAUCGGCGUCGGCCUUUAGAAGCCGCGCCAUUUCUGAAGCAACUCGUCAGGCAUCACCCGGAUCAUGUGAAGGCGCUCGUGCUUUUGGGAGAUAUUUAUAUUAAUUCUGUUAAAGACCUUGAUGCUGCGGAAAGUUGCUACCGCCGCAUCCUGGAGCUGGAGCCGGACAACGUGCAAGCCUUACACAAUCUUUGCGUCGUCGCAGUCGAAAGAGGAAAGCUGGCUAUCGCCGAGGAAUGUCUCACGCGCGCCGCCUCCCUCGCGCCCCACGAACACUACAUUCAGCGCCAUCUAGCGGUCGUGAGGGCGAGACUAGCGGCGGUCGCCCCAACAAAUCCUACGAAUCCCCCCACAAAUCCCCCCACAGAGGUCAAGGCGAGAUGGAAUUAUAUCCCCCAACAGCCCCCGGAUCCCCACGAGACCGACCCUUCAUAGCGAUACGGCGAUCAACGAUUUGCUACCAGGGUAUGAUUCUUUUAUGAGCUUUGCAUUUUUGUCGUUUGCUUUCAGUAAUUUAAAGGCCAUAAUAAAAAAUAUUUGAAUAGAAACCUGAAAUCAAUAAGAUUCGGUAACCCUUAAGUAAAAUAGAAGUUAUCGUAAUAGUAUCGUAUUUGUAUUUAACUAGACAAGCGUUCAUGUAUUACGUCACGCAAUUUUGGGGUCUUGACCCCCCCCCCCCUCCAUGAACGUAACGUUUUCUGUAUCCAAUAGUAAAACGUUUCGUGACCACCCCCAGUGACUCAUUACACCUAAAACUUACCAUUUUGUGGUGUAUAGUACUGGAAAGUGGAAAAUAAUAUUAACAAUAACGCGUAACCAAUUCCCGCCGCGCAUCGUAACAUUUUACAAGAGGAUCCCCCCCCCCCCAAAUUCGUUACGUAAUACUUGAACUCUCCCCAAGCGUUUAGCGGUCAUAUUUAAAAACACGAAUAUGUCGCUCGAAUAUCAAACUAUACAAGUUGUCAAAACCUAUAUUACUUUGCACUAAGGGUACUGAUAAACACUGAGAAGUUAACAAUCUGUUUCGAAAUUUCAUAGAACUUAGAAAAUAACUACCCGAACUUGCGCGUUUAAUGCUUCACUAAAUAAAACUCACCUUGAAAAUACGAUUUUUAAAAUACAAACUGUGAGACAAUUGUCCCAUUGUGUUUUAUUCUGAUUAAACUAUGAGAUGUUUAGUGUUUUGUAUUUCGUGAUAUUUAUUGCAUUUAGAUUUUGUACGUAGAUAUCGAAUGAGCUUUCUUCGUUAGCCAUUAUGUGUAUACGGUAUAACUGUAAUCUGUAAAGUAUCUAGUCACUUUAUUUGACUUUUUUUAAAAGGGAAAUUAAAAUAGAUUUUUUUUAAAUAAUUUUGUUUAAAUACUAUUUUAAACCAUACUUCGGUUUUUGUCCAAAAAAUACAGAUUAUGAUGUCAUCUGUGUUGCUGUUAUAAAAAUAUGUUUUCCAAAAAUUGUUCCUUUAUGCGAAAAUAAAUUUUACACUUAACAUAAGUGUAAAAUUUAUUUUCGCAUAUUUUUAUAUCGUUUAGAUACAAAGUCACUCGACACUUAUUAGUUUUAUGAGAUCUAAUCCUUAUUUCUAUAGUAUAUAAAUUCAUACUUUGACAAUAUCGUUUCUAUUAUGUUCUGUGGCAUUUUUUUAUUAAUUACGUGGCUUACAAGUCCAUAGAGUUUAUUUUAAAAUAGAAUCUAUUAUAAUAAUGUAGACUGUGUAUGAUCACCAUUAUAAAUUUUAUUUCUGGAGAUUAAUGUGAUAUACCUAGUCCGUAAUCAUGUGGAAAGCCUAAAGUGAUUUCAAAAUUUAAAAUUUCACUGGCCUAGACAUCCAUUUUAUGCGUGAAUGUUAUAAAACCUUUAAAAAUAUGUAUUAAAUUAAAUUGCAAUUUAUUGGAACAAAUUAAAACAUUUUUUAAUUUAAAAUAUAUUUUAAUUUUAAAAAUUAUAACAUUCAUGAACAAAAUGGCUUUCUUAAUGUAAUGUAUUUAUAGUAUUAUUUUCAUAAAACGCCAAUGUUAAAAUGUGGUGAUCGACCGUUAUUAGUAUAUGUAGAUGUGAAAAUGUAAUGUUGUUAAUGUUUUAAGAUACAAAGUACUUUUGUAAAAACUGAAUUUUUUACAAUGUCUUGAAACAUUUCCAGUCGGCACUCCGACGGGAGUAGAACUCAUAAGGACCCCGAAUAUUAUAACUAUUUGUCGUCAAAACAUU